AUGCUAUCGACAGCUGGACAAUCCGCCUUGCGGGCAGCCCGCGCCCGCUCCCCUUCCCACACCCUUCUAAACCAGUUCCAAUCGUCAUCCGUCGCACGACUACUCUCCACACUUGCCAUUCUCGAGCAACGCGACGGCAAACUCAACAGCGGCUCAUUAGGAGCAAUCACCGCUGGGGCAAAGCUCGGAGGUUCUGUACAUGGCUUUGUGGCCGGAAAAUCAGCCAAGGCCGUCGCACAAGAAGCGUCCAAAAUCAAAGGCCUGGAGAAGGUCAUCGCGGUGGAGAAUGAGGCAUAUGACAGAGGGCUGCCCGAGAACUGGGCACCACUGCUGGUGGAGAAUAUCAAGAAGGGCGGUUAUACGCAUGUGAUCGCAGCGCAUUCCGCGUUUGGUAAGAGUCUGCUCCCUCGGGUGGCGGCGUUGUUGGACGUGCAGCAGAUUUCGGACGUGAUGGGAAUUGAGGGAGAAGACACGUUUGUCCGACCUAUUUACGCGGGCAACGCGAUCCUCACCGUCCAGAGCAGCGACCCUACCAAACUACUAACAGUGCGCCAAACAUCUUUUGCUCCUGCCGAAACUGAAGGCGGCUCCGCCAGCGUCGAAGAGGGCGCAGACACCAAGGUUGAAUCGUCCACGGAAUGGAUUUCUGAAAACCUUACAAAAUCGGAUCGUCCUGAACUCGCUUCGGCCGAAAAGGUUGUCUCAGGUGGCCGGGGUUUGAAAUCCAAAGAAGAAUUUGACCGAUUGAUGCCUCCUCUGGCAGAUGCGUUGGGCGCAGCCAUCGGGGCUUCGAGAGCUGCGGUGGACAGUGGGUUUGCAGACAACAGUUUGCAGGUGGGCCAAACCGGCAAGAAUGUCGCACCUCAACUCUAUUUGGCCGUGGGAAUCUCGGGCGCCAUCCAACAUCUUGCGGGCAUGAAGGAUAGCAAAGUUAUUGCGUGUAUCAACAAGGACCCGGAUGCGCCUAUCUUUCAAGUGGCGGACGUAGGAUUGGUCGGGGAUCUGUUCGAGAGGGUUCCUGAGUUGACGGAGAAACUAAAGUCCCAAUGA